AUGGUUAUAUUUUCUUCAAUUACAAUGAGUGCAGCUGCUUAUUAUAUGGGGCAAUUGGGGGCACACAAAAUUUUAUUAGCAAUUGUUGCCUGUUGUUGUCCUUUUAUGGCUUGUGGAACAGCUUUAGGGGGAAUGUUUUGGUUUGGAUUUCGUUUUGGUUCUCUUUUAUGUGUUACUCCUUUUUUGGUUUUGGCAUUGGGAGUUGAUGAUGCCUAUUUAUUGCUUAAUUCUUGGCAACGUUUAAGAAAAAAAAUGGAGAAAAAUAUUAAAAAACAAUUGGAAAUAAAUUUAUUAGAAGAAAAAGAGGAAAAUAAUUUUGAGAAAGAAAAGGAGGAGGAACAAAAAUUAAUUCAAAAAUUAAUGGGGGAUGUUAUGGUUGAUACGGGGGCUUCAAUUACAAUAACUACAUUAACUAAUGUACUUGCUUUUGCCAUUGGAGCUUUUACUCCCACACCUGAGAUUCGUCUUUUCUCGAUUGGAAAUGCUAUAGCUAUAACAAUUGUUUACAUUUAUCAAUGGACAGUUUUUGGUCCAGCAAUAGCUUUAUUUGGAUAUAAAGAAUUAAAUAAAAUAUUAAUAGAAAUUAAAAAGAAAAUUAAAAAACAAAAAAUAAUUAAUAAUAAUUUAAAUUCUUUAUCUAUUUCUUCUUCUUUUUCUUCGUUUUCAUCAGAAACAGAUAGCGGAAUUAAUGUUAAAGAAGAAGAAUAUUUUGAUGAAGAUAUUAAAAUAUCCGAGAAUAAUAAAAGAAAAACAAUUAAAAAAAGAAAAGAAGGAAUGGCUAAAAUUUUAAGAAGAUUAAUUCAAAAAUAUUGUAAAAGAUUUCUUCGUUUUUAUUGUCAUUCAUUAAAUAAUAAUUGUGUGGCUUUUGGAGUUUUUUUACUUUUAUUUUUAUAUGUUUGUAUUUCUCUUUAUGGAUUAUUUGGAAUUCGCGCAGAACUAAAACCAGAACAAUUAUUUUUACGUUCUUCUGACAUUCAGGAAAUUUUACGAAUUAGAGAUUUGUAUAUUAUGCCUUUUUAUGCUGUUUGCCUCGUUUUUGUCAAUCGUCCAGGUAAUUUUUCUGAGCCAACUCAACGAAUGAAAUGGCAUUCUUUGGUUGCUGAUUUUGAAGCUUUACCUUCUUCUGUUGGAAGUUUUUCAACAAAAUUUUGGUUAAGAGAUUAUGAACAAUUUGUGGAAUCUGAUAAUAAUGAUGAGUCUGCGCCUUUGGAUGAUUUAGUUUCUUUUGAAGGAAUUACUCCCGAUGAAAGACGUAAAAACGAAUUAACAGAAUUUUUGGAAUGGCCAGAAUUUCAAUUUUGGAAUGGAUUUAUUCAACUUAUUCGUCCAUUUAAUUCUUCUUCAGAACCACAAUUAAAAAGAUUUUUCUUCAGUACAGCCUCUUUUGGAGAAGAAUUAAAAGAAUGGUCGAAAAGAGAGGAAUUACUUGAACAUUGGAGAAGAGUUGCUGAUUCUUAUCCAGAAUUGGAAGUUAGUGUUUUUGAAGAUGAAGCCAAAUUUCUUGAUUUAAUACCUACAAUGAUCCCUCAAACAUUACAAUCAACAAUUUGUACAUUAAUUUGUAUGUUUUUUGUUUGCCUUCUUUUUAUGAAAAAUAUUCCUUCUUUGGCCAUUUCUAAUUUUGCCAUAUUUUUUACCUGUAUUGGUGUUUUUGGUAUUCAAUCAUUAAUGGGUACUGCACUUGAUCCUAUUUUUAUGAGUGCCGCAAUAAUGUCUAUUGGAUUUUCUGUAGAUAUACCUGCACAUAUUGUUUAUCAUUUUUAUAAAACUGGCGUUUCUGAAGGAAACGAAAAUAAAUUGAUAAAAAAUGUUGAAGAACGUUUACUUGAUUGUUUGGCUUCGAUUGCCUUUCCAAUUCUUGAGGCGGGACUUUCUACUUUGAUUUGUGUUAGCUCUCUGUUUUUAGUUGAUUUGCAUAUGGCCCGUGUCUUUGCCCGUACAAUGACACUUGUUGUGAUUAUUGGACUUUUACAAGGUCUUUUAGUUAUUCCAACAAUGCUUUGCCAAUUUUCCCGACAAAAAUCUUUACAAAACAAUGAAAAUAUUAAUAAUAAUAAUAAUGUUGCUCCAAUAGUUCUUGCUGUCAAUGAAUAG